AUGAUUCGCCCUCCUCCUCUUAAGCUUAAGCUUGACAACAGGUUUCCACAUCCUUUGCGCACUCCGAGCAAGCCGAAGUCCGAGUCGUUUGUCUCUCAGCUGUACAAGGCUAGUUGGAAGAACCCUGUCAUCGCCGUUGCUGGUCUCAACGGUUUACGAUUCGCAUUCGCAGCCGUAUAUGCAAUCGUUGAUGAUGCAGAGGCGGCAGAGAACCUCGCAAAGGUCUCCAUCGCGCUGGGCGUGAUGUAUACAAUCGCUUUCAUAAUUGAGUUGUACGGAAUCAUUGGUGUUUCUAUGCAACGUCUGAGCUUGAUUCGCGUUUAUUUGUAUCUCACUUUCCUUGCGUCCUUGCUGAUCACAAGCGCUGGUGUUGUAAGUGGUGUCGCUUAUUUCCUUCUCGCGGAGGAGUUAAUGUGGGAGUGUAUCGGGCUAGCUACUCAAGGUCGUGGAUAUGAAAAAUCAUUAUUCCGUGGCCGACCGUGGCCCGGGUCACCAUAUCCUAUCGGACCUCGCGAUGCCCGCAAACAAUGUGUCUAUGCAUGGGUCAACCACUCAUGGUCCCAGAUAGCCUCUGUUUUUCUUUUCUCCCUUAUACCAGCCAUCAUUUACUAUAUCAUGGUGUACACAUACUACCAACAGACCAUCGACCCUAAACACCACGCCAAUUUGGAGCGCAACCAGCGACAGCCGGGAUCAGCGACGCGCGAGGCUGGCGGCGUCUAUCAGCAGGUUGGCUACUCGCGUGUAUCCCAAGCUGCACCAGCACGCGACGACGCCUCAGCUAGCGGGAUGACGACAAGCCGAUCCCGCGCUGCGAAUCCACCUUCUGCCCGCCUGCGCGCUGGCCGGGCACAGGUGCACGCCGCACGUUCGGUCCGCGGCGUCGUUAGCACAAGCACAAGCACCUCCUCAAGUGGCAGCAGUAACCCCGCUGGAAAGCGCAAGUUCGUCUCGCGCAGCCUGCAACGGAGCCACCGCCCCCCGCCGUUAAUGCAGAGCCCAUCUCCAUUAGGACUGAGCGUGAAUCUGACGCCUGGGCCCCCAACAUAUGGUCCCUCCCGGGUGUAUGCCGCGUUCGCAGCCCCGGUUGCGUCUGCGGAGUACGACAAGUUCGUCUGA